AUGGGCGUCGAAACAACCGCAACAGCGACUUCCAGCAUGGAACUCUCGUCACGACUUGGAAACGAGCACGGCAAAUACAUUGACAAGGAGCUCGAGAAAAAGCUUCUUCGCAAAUUGGAUAUUCGCAUUAUUCCCAUUCUCUGGUGUUUAUUCCUCGUCUCGUUCUUUGAUCGCUCGAACAUCGGAAAUGCGAAGAUUUCUGGUAUGACCAAGGCGCUGAAGAUGGAGGGUAACGACUACAAUAUCGCCGUGACCAUCUUCACUGUUUCAUAUGUCGUCUUCGGUGUUCCGGCCAACCUGUUGGUCAAGAAAUUUGGACCCAAGCUUCUUGCAGUUUACAUGUUCUGCUGGGGUCUCGUAACUCUUGGCCAAGGUCUCACCAAAACUACCUCCGGUUUGAUUGCCUGUCGAUUUGUUAUGGGCAUGUUCGAAGCAGGAUUUGUUCCCGGGUGCGCGUAUCUGAUCAGCUGCUACUACAAGCGCAACGAAUUCCUACGCCGAUAUGCUGUCUUUUUCAGCGCAAACAUGGCUGCUGGUGCUUUCAAUGGUCUUUUUUCCACCUUGUUGGCAAAACUAGAUGGCAGAGGUGGUCUUGACUCGUGGCAAUGGAUCUUCGUAAUGGAAGCCAUUAUCACCAUGGGCGUCAGUAUUAUCGGAUUCUUCAUUAUCGUGCCAUUCCCCGAAAACGCUUCAUUCUUGACGGCAGAUGAGAAAGCUCUUCUCGAGGCUCGGAUGGAGCAAGAUGGAGGCAGUGUGAAGAAUGAUCAGAUUACCUUCCAGCGCAUUCUGCCAAUGCUUGCAGACUGGAAAAUCUGGGUUUGUGUUAUUGGGUACAUGUCCGCUGAGGAAACAGCCAGCUCGCUGGUAGCAUUCCAGCCUACUAUUCUUAAGGACUUGGGCUGGACUUCGACUGAUGCUCAAUGGCACACUAUUCCCGUUUAUGCCACCUCUUUUGUGUUCACGUUGAGUAGUGCAUGGUUGAGUGACUAUCUGGACCACCGAUUCCUGUUUACUGUAUUUGGAUCUGUGAUGACCAUCAUCGGCUGGUCCAUCCAGCUGGCGCACACAAGCAGCGCCGGAGUGCUUUACAUGGCCAUGUUCUUCGUCUCCCUGGGCGCGUUCAUCAACAUGUCCACUCUCGUUGUUUGGCUCUGCACCAAUAUGGGCAAGGGCGUUAAGCGAACAGUUGCCAUGGGCAUUCUUACCGGGUUCGGCAACUGCGGUGCCUUUGUAUCCGGCAAUGUUUUCAUUACUAACCAGAGCCCCAAGUACCCAGUUGGUUUCGGCGUUGGUCUCGCCUUUGCAGUCCUCGGACUCAUUACGAACACCAUCUACUAUUUCUUCCUAAACCGGGAGAACAGUCGGCGGGACAAGGUACAGAGCCCGUCUGCUGGGUUGUACGAAUACGAGCAGCGCGAGGAGAUCCAAAAGAUGGGCGAUGCCCAUCCCGAUUUCCGUUACCAACUAUGA